UUGGAGGGCAACCGGUCGUUUCCAGCAAGGUACACAUCAUCCAUCGGCAUCAUGAGCUUGCAUUGCGACACGACGGCGGACGAAGAGCUCGUGCACAUUCCUGAUGAGAUCCUGGAAAGUCCCCGCGCGGGAGUCAAGAGGAAAGGCGGCGGGCCACGACUCACGGAUGCGCAACGCAUGGAGAUUCUGCAGGCUAUCGAGACCGCCGUGGAAGCCCAGGCAGACAACAAGAACCUCCUCAAGCCCAAAAUUCCAACCAAACGCCUUGCGGACGAGUACGGCGUCACGCCUGCCGCGAUCCGCAAACUGGUCAAGCAAAAAGACAAGUUCUUGUCACGCUUCGAGACGGGGCGGGAAGACGUGCGGCAGUCCCGUCGACGCGGCGGCGACGGCGCCAAGAUCGAGUUUGAACGGGAAUUGUACCGAUGGGUAUGCGGCCUCCGCGCGCGCAACGUGACGAUCGUGCCAUCGUACAUCCAGCAGCGCGCGCUCUUGGUUGCCAAGAAGUACCCGAACAUGGACAAGUUUCAAGCGUCGUGGGGCUGGUACUAUCGCUUUUGCACUCGGUACAACGUCACUGGCGGGGCCAUUUCCACUGCCCCCGCCUCCAGCGACAAUCACCUCAUGCACUUGGACGACACUUCUGACGGCACUCUGCUCUCCCACAUGGACAUGCCCAUGCUCGUCGAGUCCGCUGUCGCCCAUGCGUCGUCACCGUCCGUGGCGGUGCCCCCAUUGUCCAAACUAACACCGCUGGCCAGUGCAAAACCUCGAAAGAAGCCAGACUUUUACGAUGAAAAGAUGUAUCUGGAUGCCGCCAAGAUGGGCGACACCCACACGCUGCAAUCGUGCUUGCUCAAAGGCACGUACAUUGAUUCUGUCGACGAAGCAGGCUGCACGGCGCUUGUGUUGGCGACCCAAGGCGGUCAUUUUCAUGUGAUGAAGUUUCUCAUCGAACAUGGCGCCAAGCCCGACGCAACUGACGAGAGUGGGUCCACGGUGCUCGUGUUGGCGACCAAGCAAGGGUUCCUGAACGCCGUGAAAGUGUGCUUGGAAGCGUCGGCUCGCGUCGACGCUACCGAUCCAAAUCUCAAGACGCCGCUGAUUUUGGCGGCCGAGCGCGGCGACUUGAAAGCGAUCAAGAUGCUGCUCAAGUUUGGGGCCAAUAUUGAAGCCACGGACGAGGACGAUGGCACGGCGUUGAUUGCCGCCGUCAAGUAUGGCCAGCGCGACGUGGUGGAGUACCUGGUCAAGAAGGGCGCCAACAAACAAGCCCGGCAUAUUGAUGGUCUCACACCCACAGAACUCGCCCAGUCCCUUGGCCACGCCGACUUGUUGUCGUUUGACGUGUAAUACUAUUUAACAGCUAUAAAACUCUCUGCGU